UGGAGUCGUCUAGUGACAAGCCAUCAAGAUGGCGGUCCGACUAUGCAGUGCCAACUAUCCUCUAUACGCGGUCACCCUGCUGGACGACUCGCACAUUCUGGUGGCAGGAGGUGGCGGUGCGGCCAGGACAGGUGUCGAGAAUGCCAUGGAAAUCUUUGAGCUCCAGGGUGAGGGGAAGAACUGUGUCGCCACCAGCAUCCACAAACACAGCACCGACCCCAGGGCUGUCAUGAGCCUCGCAGCAAGGUCUGAUGGGAAGGGGCACCUGGUGGCUGCUGGGAUGGAUGGAAAAUGUCAGCUCUUCAGAAUAACAAAAAGCAAUGUGGCAUCUGAUGAGGGGGAGCAAGAUGCAGAUAAAGAAGCAAGUAGAGUUAAUCAAGCAGGCAAGAGGGGUAAGAAGACAGGAGAGAGAGAGGGUGGGAAGAGAGGAAGGAGAAAACGUGGAAAGAAAACCAAAUCUGCCGAAAAUGAAGCCAACUUGAGAAAGAGAAAAGGGUCGACAGGACCGAAGGCAGAGAAGUCUUUAGAGGGGACAGAACAUACAAGUAGUGAUUACAAGGUGGAGUCACUGGCCUGCGUUGAUACUGACUUCCACAAGGAGGAGCCGUUUCAGAAAGUGGUGCGGUUCAGUAGGGAUGGGGACAUCAUUGCCACAGGGGGAGCAGAUGGGCAUGUUAGGGUAUGGAAGAUCCCCAAGCUUGAGAAGAAACUGGAUAUCAAAGCCCACCUGGAUGAGAUUGAUGACCUGGAUAUCAGUCCAUCAGGGAACAAGAUAGUGUCUGUGUCUCGAGACCACCAUGCCUAUGUGUGGAAGGUAGAGAGUGGUAAGAGGGAGGCAGAACUACACUGGGAUAAAAAGGUACCAGACAAGAGCUACAGAAUAAAGGCUGUCAGGUUUGGCACAUCCCAGGAGAAGAAGUCGACAGUACAGCUGUACACGAUGCACAUCCCAGCACGGCGAGAGAGGAAGCCUCUACCCUGUUACCUCACCAAGUGGGACGCCAUGAAGUUUGUUCCAGAAAAAACCCGGUCCACAGGCACUGAUGUACUGUCUUCUCUAGCUGUCAGUGAUGAUGGAGUAUUUCUUGGGGUGGGAACCAACUCAGGUGAUACCAUGAUAUACGUGUCCUGGAGUUUACAGAAAGUCCACCGGGUGAGUGAGGCCCAUGGCAUCUUCGUGACAGGUCUGUCUUUCCUGAAGAACAAUGCCGUAACAGCAGAACUGACCAAAGGGGCGGAGACUGCCCUGGUCAGUGUGUCAGCUGACCACCAUGUUAACCUGACGCCACUGCGACCUAGAUUUAUGAUCAGUGUAUGGUUUGCAGUGAUUGGUUUCCUGGUGCUGAUAGUGGUGAUCAUGGUGUACCUGGGACAACAGGGACUCAUGUAGGGAACUACUCAAAUGAUGUAGGAAAGCAGAGGCUUUUUUAAAUGAUAAGUCAUAGUUGCAAUGGUCUUAAUAGUCAAAAGUAAUUCUUUGUAUUUCUCACAAAAUUUACUAAGUAAAGGCACCACCAUUUUCUGAAUUGCUAAGUCCAAAGCUUUCAUCUACACUGACUUAAUUCAUAUGAAUCAUCACAAACAUAUCUUCAUGUACUUCUGCUGCUUGUAACAAUUUGAAAACUAGCUUAGCCUGUCUAUUUUAGAUAAGACUUGGAUUUUUAGUUGAGACAAACACCAGUACCUGUGCACAGUUGGAAGGAGGCAGGAAGCUACAGAAUUUGUGAUGUCAGCUACAUGUACCUCUGAAUACAUGUAGUUACGUGUAUGUGUAGACUUACAAGACCAUCCUUUGGAACAAGUCCAUCCUUUUUAAUAGUGCUUGAGAAUAUGUGAAAUUUAGCAAUAAUAUAUGUGCUACACAAUCAUGUGAAGUCAUAUUGCAGGAUGGCACUUGGAUUGACAUU